AUGUCUUCAUUGCCUUAUACUUACAGAAAAACAUAUGAGCGCUACGUAAACCUCUUGGGAACUGUUGGGUUAGACUUCUUUGAGAAGUCCAGAAGUUGUUUCGUGAAAAGAAACAUAAAACUGCUCAUAUUUAAUGUAUUAUUUUUACCUUUCGCCGCUAUACAGUUCGGCUUGAUGUUGAAGAUUAAUGCUGAAAAUUUUUUGGAGGGUGCUCUCGUCGUUCCCAUUGUGGUCAUGUUCGCUUUGGAUAUAAUUAAAAUGGCAAUCGGCGUUGCGAAACGUUCUGACAUUAAAUAUAUAUUUGACGAGAUCGGUAAGCUGUGGCCGAGAGAGGAUGAUAUAGGUAAAAACAUAAUUCUUACUAUUUGGUUACGGCGCAUUGGAUUGCUCCUUAACUCGUUCUUCAUAUUCGCCGUGUCCAAUUUAGCUAUGUUUGAGAUUUACCCGUUUUUAAGAACGUGCUACAACUUAUAUGUCGGCAAUGAUGAUUAUAUCUUACCGUUUCAACUUUGCGGACUGUGGGAAGUGAAAUCUACUGUUGUGUAUAUCUUAACUUAUAUAUUGGAGAUCGUGGGAACAACUCCUUGCCAAUUAUUCCUGUACUUACCAUUCGACCUAUUGAUUGUCACUUUAACAUCCAAUGUCAGCAUACUCCUAAGACUAUUGCAAGCGGAUCUCCAAAAUGCCAUCAGAUUGCAUCGUGAAAGACCAAACACGCAUUAUGUUAAUAAUCAUGAAAGCUAUGAAAGAAUCAAAGAAAUCGUAUUUAGACACCAGAGGAUAUUGAAAAUUGCUGAUAAACUGAGUGAAGUUUUCGGGUUAGUGAUAUUGGUUCAUGUUUCGCUCUCAGCAGUCGUGAUAUGUUUCUUCGGUUUCUUGACUGUGGUGUAUGGAGGUCUAAUAGAAACAAUAUCUAAUUUCCUAACAGUUUUGAACUUGAUUUUAAUUGUGUUUCUGAUAGCACUUGGAGGACAACUAUUGUGUGACACGAGCUCUAACAUUUCUGACGCCGCUUACAACAGCCUCUGGUAUGAAGGCGACCUCAAACUUAGAAAACUAAUGUUGUUUAUCAUCACUCGAUCACAAAAUCCGUGCUAUUUAUCUGCAUUGGGAUUUUCAAAUAUGACUCUACGAUCAUUUUCAAAGAUUAUGAGCACAGCAUGGACGUAUCUGUCGCUUCUUAUUCAAGUUUAUGAAGGAAAUUAACACUUAUAAAACCGUCCGGAGUAUUAAAGCACUAAGCUUAACUGAGUCACAGUAACAUUUCGACAUAUUUAUUUAGUAUUUAAGAAGUGCACCUUAUCUCACCAAUUUAGGGUGAUGUUUAUACUCUUAUGAGUAUAUCGAAGGGUGAAAGGAUAUAUGGUUUAAGCUUUAGGUGUUAUUUUAGUAGUGGUCAAUAAUGGUUCAGGGCGUUGUCGGAAGUGAGAUAAUUAAAUAACACAACUGGAUAAUCGGAGCGUUUAUUCGCGAUUGAACUUGAAAAGUAAAAAGCAACGGAAGCGAAAUUUUUGAAAUUUUCAAGAGCGCCAUUAAAAGUUUAAAAUUUAGAAAAAUAUAUUCUUCAGCUAUUUGAAUGGUGUAAGCAAAUUGAGGUUCGAUUAAAAACGUUGAUGCUGAUACCAAAUAAAACGGACGUUUAGUCUUUCACCCCUUCAUAUGAUGUUCGUAACAGAGUUGGUGACCAAUGAUUAUGGCUUCACCCGGUCAUCGUCCUCGCCCAACCCGUCGCUUGCAACGAAGGACUCGACGAGUAAAUUAACCCACAGACACAGCCCACUGAGUUUCUCGCCGGAUCUUCUCAGUGGGUCGCGUUU